CCAGCCCUUCCGCUUUCCAACUCUUUCACAAAUCCUUGAUGCGCGCAAGACAUACUACGUAUCAUGCUUUUGACAGUGCGUAACGGGUGAUCCAGUGCAGUAAUACCCAAGAUGAGCGCACAUACAACGCCUCAGGGAGAUGGCAAGCAGGUCAAACGAGCAUGUACGGAAUGUCGGCAGCAAAAGGCCAAAUGUGAUGCAUACCUGGAUCCAGACAAUCCUUGCUCACGAUGCCGGAAGAUGAGCAGACAAUGCACCAUCUCGGAGCCGUUCAAAAGAGAGCACAAACGCAAGCGAAUAUCUGAACUCGAACUCCGCACAGAUGAAUUACAGGAACAACUCAACUCUUCCGCCCAGCGCGACACUUCCGCCUUGCCAGAACCAACAUGGACUGCCGUCAAUUCUAAUGACCAUCGGAAUGCCGAGAGUGAGAGCCGGCUAGCAUCAGUGGCGCCUUUCUUCAGAGAUGCAGCCAUCGCCCCAGUCUCUUUCCGUUCUUUCUCUCAGGCUGCCGAGACUUUGCAGACUCCGGAAAGCCUUCCACGUGAUCAACCAACUACAGGAACCCUACCAAGGUCUCUAGAGGGCCAGACUAUCGACGCCAAAGAUAUUGACGCACUGUUCCAAACAUACUUCCGGGAAUACGCAAGUCUCAUGCCCAUCCUCGAGCCCUCAAUGACACCAAACGCAUGUUAUGCUCUUUCACCGUUCCUCUUCUGGGCGAUCGUCGGAGUUGGCUGUCGUACAUGUCCCAACAAUCCUACAUUGCUCGGAGUCCUCCCACCCAAGAUUCAUAAGAUGGCUCUGCUGUCGGUCAACUGUAACGGCUCAUUACAAACUGUGCAAGCGUGGUUGCUUCUCCUGUAUUGGCCAUUCCCUAAAGCCAGCACAGGACAAGAUUUGAUUUUCCCCAUGAGUGCCGCACUCUUGCACAUGGCUAUGCAGUUAGGAUUACAUCUACCGUCGUCGGGUCAAGAGUUCAGCAAAGUCCGCCUGAGGUUGAAUGAGGAAGAAAUGAAGAAGCGGGCUGAGACUUGGGGCUACUGCACGCUCAUCUACCAGCGCUCCUGCGUAGCUAAAGGAAUGCCGGCAACACCAAUCCUCGAUAUCCCUUACGACCUCGAACAAAGAAGAGCGUUGUUCCAGAACAUGUCCCCCCGGCUGAAAUUCGAGCUCAAACUUCAGGACGUGGUGACAAGGGGUUCCAUUGCAGUGUCGCAGAAUGGCUUGCGAGUCAUGUCUGCCGAGCAAGAACGGUCGUUGGACACGCUCCUAAAUGUAUUCCAAGCCCAGAUUGCCGGUGUAGGUCUAGAGUCUGCAUCGGACCUCGAUCGCCUUUAUGUUCAACUCUCAACUCAAAGUAUAUUGGCAUACAACCUCUACAAAUCUCCGGCGACACAGGAUCCAACGUCUCUUUACGACUUAUGUAUGACGUGCUGUCAAGUGAUCGAGUCUUUCGACCAUCUCGACAGAACAGGGCAGAUUUGCCUUCCAGCCGCUCCCAUCUUUUUUUACCAUGGUCUGAUGGUGCCUUGCCACACACUGCUCCGACUGCUCAAGACCUCAUUCUCCCGCUACAUCAAUGUCGAGAGAGCUAAGACUGCACUCUUCCUUGGGAUAAGCCUGCACAAGCGAAUGUCGUUGCAGAAUGACGAUGUUCCUGCAAGGAGUGGAGUCGCUUUGACUCAGUUAUGGAACAGCACCAGGGUCUUCCGCAAAUCAAACGGCACGGAAACAGUUGCGCUGCGGAUCAGAAGUCGAUUGUCUGGAAGUAUUGUCCUUGACGGUAUCGUCUGGUGGCGAGAAGAGUUUGGGGCCUUUAUGGGCGUCUAUCCGCCUCCUAUCACUGACGCUCGAAAUGAUCCUCCUCCCAGUGAGAACGGCAUCGUUUCGAAUGGCAACGUUCUGCCCGAGGCUACAACGCCAGCUCCGGCCAAGCCGGAUUAUUCCACUUUCCUGGAUGACCCUAUGUUGACCGAGUUUGGUUGGCCUGUGGAUGACGAUAUUUUUUCGUCCAUAUGGGCUGAUAACACGCUCGGAAAUCUGUGAAGGAAGAGGUUUUUGUAUGACUAGUGUGUAUUGAUAUUGCAGCAGACUUGAACACGUCUCGGGUAUUGAAUACUGCUUCUCUCCCAGACCAUUGGAGAACAAGGCCCCAACGGCAUAUGUAGGCUGAAUUUGAACCAUCCGACGCGAAACAAG